UCAGAACUCAUUUGAAUGCUGCCACCGCUGCUGAGGGCCAGAAGAGGGAGAGCAGAGGCAGACGGAGGGGACUGAAGAGCGACAGAUUAUCUUUUCAUCAUGGCGGAGAGUGCAGACGUGGAGCAGCUCCUCACAGCUUUCAGGAAGUUUGCAGUCCAUGGAGACACAAAGGCAACAGGCAAGGAUCUAACCGGGAAGAACUGGGCCAAACUGUGCAAAGACUGCAAGAUCACUGACGGCAAGAACAAGACGUCUCGGGUCAUCAACUACGAGGAGUUUCAGAAAGCUCUGGAAGAGCUGGCUCCAAAGAGGUUCAAAGGUCAAACCAAAGAGGAGGCGCUGCAGUCUAUCCACAAGCUGGUGGAAGGCCGAGAGCCUACCAACGUUGGUGUGACGAAAGUGGCAAAGACAGCAGCGGUGGACCGUCUGACCGACACGUCCCGUUACACUGGAUCACACAAGGAGCGCUUCGACGACAGCGGCAAGGGCAAAGGUCGCGAGGGUCGUGAGGAGAUUGUGGAGAACACAGGCUACGUGGGAGCAUACAAGAAUGCCGGGACGUAUGACACAAAGGUGAAACCUGAGAAAUGAGUGAGCCGGAGGCAGCGCCCCCUGCUGGGAGCUGACUGGAAGCACAGCUCCCCAACAGCACUUAGUCUGGACCAAACCUUGAACUUUGACCCUUCUAUGUCUGUGUGGAUGCCUGUGUGUUUGCACUGGACAGAGCUUUAUGUUCAUUCUGAUUUGCAGAUAAACAUGUGGAUCUGACAGAGGUGAGGUAUUGGCCUCAUAUCAACUCAUCAGCGCCCCCCUUAGGCUGAAAUAUUCAUCACACAUCUGGACUUUUUGUUCAUUCUCGGUGCCCUCAUUCAGAGCAAGGAGGUGGGUGAUGUAAUCAGUACCUGCUCCGCUCAGUGAUGCUAAUCCAGUCUGCAGCAUGUGACUCAGUGUUCAGCUCAGUAAUAAUGAGCUGUUUCUCUGACCUGGCUUCUCCUACUGUGCUUUCAACCCUGUCCAGAGCCUCAUUCAUGUGAUUCAAAUUCUUUCAGUCUCCCUAUGAAGGCACCAGUGGUGCUGCUAAUCUGAUUAUCUUUAUAGCUUUUAUUUGGUUACACAGAAGCAGACUUAAAAACAGGAAACAGGUUCUGCAUUUUCUGGAAGUCAUUUUAAAUCUAAUGAUACACGUUUAAGUUUGUUGACUAAAUUCCAUCUCUGAGGAUAACUGCACACACUUUGCUUCCCUUUGAGUCAGUAGCGCCCCCAUGGGGAGGCUUUUGUAUUUGUCCUGCUGAAUGUCCACUCAUGAUACUAUGCUAUCACAAUAAGUCACCUGUGAUAAUGAUGGUAUCACGAUACAGCAACUCUGUGAUAUUUGACACAAUGUGCAACAAUCAACGAUGCAGAGAAAAAUGUAUCUAUUCUCUGCUUUCAUCUUUAAUAACACAAGAAUUCAUUUAACGCUGUCCACACUGUUUUGGUUCACUGCAGUUUAGGGAAUGUCUCUGCUCCCUUUUCCAUUUCCAUGAGGAGUCAUGAAAUGCUGAUUGCAGGAAUCCAUUUAGCACACCUGCAUGUUUGAAUAAAAAUCUCAGUAUGUGCAGCUGCUGUACCAAUAACAUCACAGGAGGAAGCAAUAAAAUAUCAGGACUGAAGAAGCUUCUUGGAUGAGAGGUGAGACGUCUUCACGAAACUUAAAGGAGCCCAAUCGCUUUAUUCCCAACCUCCUUAGACUCUAUAUAUCGCAUUAUUGAGACUUCACUCCUCUGCUGUUAGCCUGAAUAACUAUAGUGACGGCUUCAUUGCUCACCUCCUUCUAUGAGGGUCAUGUGUCUGAAUGGGGCUGUAGUUUGUGUGUAAAGUCGUUUAGCAAAUUAAAUUCUCACUGCCUAUUACAAAAAAAGGUGUUGACUUAUGAAUACUUAUAGUAUAUAUAUAUAGUAUAUUCUAUCUCCUGCAAAAAUAAAGUCAAACAAACCAAAAAGCUCAAUCAUCUCUGGAUCCACAUCAGAUUAAGAUCAAACUGUUUCUGCAGCGCUGAGGUUUCUGAAGCCAUGUUUGCAUUUUUUUUUUAUCUUUCUUUGUUAUAUAUAAUUUUUCAGCCUGAUUUUUCCUCUGCAAAACAAAUAUUUUACAUCUUCCCCAAGAGCUUUACGUGUUAAUUAUUGUUGUUGAUGCAGUGUAAGUAACUUUAGUGAACAAAUAAAAGCUUUAAAA